AUGAUUUUAAAUUCAAGAAUUUUCAAUUUUAGAAUUUUCAAUUCAAUAAUUUUGAUUCAAUUUUUCAAUAAUAAUUCCUUGUUAGUAGGGAAUUCCGGCCGGGAAAACCCGGAAUUUACUUCAAAUCUUCCUCCUUUGCCUCCUGGCCUGCGUCCUCACCACCACCAUCGGAAUCCUGGCUCUUUCCCUGAUUUUCCUGGAAAACACCCGCCCCCUCCGGAAUUCCGGCAUCGCGGCCCCGCCCACGCCGGAACCCCCCGGGAACGGGGUGGAGCCCAAAUUCCAGUUCCUGUAUCAACUCCCCAAAUCCAAGGUGUUCAGCUUCCCGGGGGGGGAGAUCCAGUGGGCGCGCUUCCGGCAGGACCCCCGGGAAUACGGCAGCCGGGAGGAGCGGGAAUUCGGGAGCAGCCUGAACGCCCGGCGCUCCGGGAUGACCUUCGGGACCCUGCGGAUCCGCGGGCGGGGGCUGCGGGCGCCCCACUGGCACUUCAACGCCCACGAGCACGGCUUCCUGCUCCAGGGCUCCGCCUGGAUCGGCGUCAUCGGCCCCGACAACGCCACCGUCACCACCUACAACGUCACCGCCGGCCAGGUCGUCUUCUUCCCGAAAAACACCGUCCACUGGAUCAAGAAUUCCGGGAGCACCGACUGCCUUUUCCUGCUUUUCUUCAGCACCCACCAGGAAUUGCAAACCUUGGAUGUGGACGACGCUUUUUUCGACACCCCGGAAGAUGUCCUGGCCCGGGCGCUGAAGGUUUGGGAAUGUUGGGGAUUUUGGGGAUUGGGAUUCCUGAAAAAUUCCGGAAAAAUCGCGGAAAAAUUGCUGAAAAAUUCCUUAAAAAUUCCUGAAAAAUCCCUGGAAAAUCCCUAAA